AUGUCUGUUACAUUACACACCACCCAAGGCGACCUCAAGGUCGAGCUUUUCUGCGAAGCAGUACCCCAAACCGCAGAGAACUUUCUCGCCCUCUGCGCAUGCGGCGCAUACAACAACACCCCAUUUCACCGCCUCAUCCCGGGAUUCAUGGUCCAGGGCGGAGACAUCUCUCUCGGCCCCGCCGCGCAUCAAACAAGCAUGAAACCAAUGCUCGAGUUCGAGAUCCCAAAAGGCGGCACAUCGAUAUACCACCCGGCAGCAAUGAACCAAGAAAUCCACCUCCCAUCGUUGCGACACAAUGCGCGAGGCAUUCUGUCUAUGGCAUCUCGUCCGGUGAAGGACAGGACGGCGCCUGGCUCUCAGGGCGCAACGGGCGCUACGAUCAACGGGAGUCAAUUCUUCAUUACGUUCGUGCCGGCGCCACAUCUUGAUGGCGCCAGUACUGUGUUUGGGAAGGUGUUGAAUUUGACCCCCCAGGACGAAGGGGGUGAUGUUCUUACAAAUAUCGAGAAGGCGAAUGUGAAGGUCGAUAAGAAGGGGAAAGUUUCUCAGCCCAAGGAGGGUGAUGACUUUGAAGCAUUCAAAAUCAACAACGUUACUAUCCACGCGAACCCAUUCGCGAAGUGA